CUUCCGGUUGGCGGUUUGUUUGGAACCGCUGCUUCGUACAUACGUUGCAUCGAAAAGUAAUUCGCACGGUUGCUGCAAGUAUGGACGACCAGAGCUGUCCGCGCUGUAAGACGACGAAAUACAGGAACCCGUCUCUAAAACUGAUGGUGAACGUGUGCGGACACACGCUGUGCGAGAGCUGCGUGGAGAUGCUGUUCGUACGCGGUUCAGGGAACUGCGUGCAGUGCGACACACCGCUCAGGAAGAGCAACUUCCGCGUGCAGCUGUUUGAGGACCCAGCUGUGGACAAGGAGGUUGAGAUCCGCAAGAAGGUGCUGAAGAUAUACAACAAAAGAGAGACAGACUUCCCCAACUUGCGGCAGUACAAUGACUACUUAGAGCAGGUGGAGGAAAUAGUCUUUAAUCUGACAAACAACAUAGACGUGGAGAACACCAAGCGGCUCAUGGAGCACUACCAGAGGGAGAACAGAGAUAUCAUUCAGAGGAACAAGGCCAAGCUGACGCGGGAACAGGAGGAGCUGGAGGAGCUGCUGAUGCUGGAGCAAAAGGAGACUGAGCAGCGGAGGCUGGAUACACUGCAGGAGGAGCAAAGACAGCUGCUGGCAAAGAAGAAGAAGAAGCAGGCCCUUCUAGAUGAGCUGGAGAGUUCACGGCUACCUGCCAUGUUGCUCCUGGCUCAGCACAAGGACCGGGCCGCUCAGCUGGAGACUCAGAUCGAAAUACAACGGCAGGUCGUCAAGCCCACCAUCUUUUCCACGGGGAUUCCGAUGGGCCAGACAAUAUCCCUGCAGCCUGUGGUCCAGAUGGAGGAAGUUCUAUACCGCUACCAGCCUCUACGGAUCAACACAUAUGGCCCCCCUGUCCCAGAGUUCGAACAGCUGGGCCGCUUGGGGUACCUGACUCAUGUGCGUGCUGCCUCCCCCCAGGAUAUGGCAGGGGGCUACAGCUCAGCCCUGGCCUGCCACAGAGCGUUGCAGGACGCUUUCAGUGGCGUGUUCCCUCUACAGCACUGACAGCAACUGGGGAUAAGGACCCUUGGCAGAGGCGUAUGUUUAUGUAUAGGUGGUAUUUAGCACUCUGGCCGGGGCUCAGAGGUAGGCCUGUAUCAAGUAUAGAGUUUCUCUUUUUGUAUUUGAUGUAAAUAUUUUUAAAUAAAU